AAACCUGUGAAAAACAAAAGUAAAGAAAUGUGAAUAAAAUUUGAUUAUGUGCCCAAUUAAAACGCUGAAAAAAUUUAUUUAAAUAAACGGCAUCAAGAUGAUGAUAACGAUACAUGGAUUACCACCAACUACGAAGUAUGCAGAUCUGAAGCUGUUAAUAAAGCAGAAAUGCAAUAUUUCGGAUUUCAUCCUCGACUCGUUGGUGGUAGACGGCGCUGAUGGAUCAAAGAAAGUGCGUGUCGGCUUGGCUGACGAUAGCGAGGGUUCUCAAUUGAUAAAGUGCUUGGAUGGUUAUCGCUUGUCAGGAUACUUUUUGAGACUUGUUCCAGUAGCAAAAUCAUCUAAUAUUCCUCAAAGUAACACGUACGAUAUGCGAGGCAGUUACCAACCAAGGAAUGACUACCAGCAACCGGAGGCACCACAACUAACUCAGUGGGGCAAUCAAUCUAACAACUGGCAGCCUACACAACCACAUCCUCAGCCCACUUAUAGCAAUUAUCAAACACAACAGCAUAUCGCCCCUUCUUAUGGACAAAAUAUGGGCCAUCCAGUCAAGCAGCCUUUUGAUCAUCGUGAAGUAAUAAUGCAGCCAGGUCAAAGGGCACCACUUAACCACAAUUACAGCAAUAGCUACUCGCAAAAGAGCAAUUUGAUUAGUCUUGCACCUCAGAAGAUAGUACCGCAAAAUACAGUGCGCGAAGUUCCAGAAACGUCUGUGAGGCCGACCCAAGGGACCCGAUACCCACCGCAGCAGAACUAUAAUAUCCCAGAAAAACCAAUAACAAUAAUGAAGGAUAACUUCCAAGGGCCUUCUCAAUAUAGCCCGAUGAGCGGACACGACGCCGUGACUGCCAACUACCUGCCGUCCAACCAGCAGUCAGGCUGGCCUUCGCAGCACCAGUCAAAACCGUACGAGAAGCCAAUAUCACCGUCCUACGAAAAAAAACUCUACGACGACCGAAAGUACUCCUCAACCGCACCAGUAAAACCCGUGGUCGACCUCCCCAAGUCUGAUGUCUUCAAAAGCUAUGAUAAAUCCCGGGAAUAUUCCCCCAGAAGGGCGGAAAGGGGUUAUAGACGGGAUAUUUCACCAGAAAGGGGCAUUGCGCCUUCUGGCAGACAGAUUUCGCAUUCAGGCAGAAUUUCACCGGAAAGAUCUGGACGACAUGUUUACGUUGACAGAAGAUCGCCUGGACGCAGGGCUUCACCCGAGAGGCGCAUUUCGCCGCCCAGCCGUCACGUUUACCCGGAUAAUCGUAGGGUUUCACCCGGACGAAAAUUUUCGCCUGGACGCAGAGUUUCACCCGGACAUAGAAUUUCGCCUGGACGCAGAAUGUCGCCCGGACAUAGAAUUUCACCCGGACGAAGAGUUUCACCCGGACAAAAAGCUGCCCUCGGACAUAGGCUUUCGCACGGACGGAGAGUUUCACCUGGACAUAUAGUUUCGACGGAAAGGAGAGUUUCGCCAGCUGGCCGCCAAAUACAAGUGUCAGAAAGAGCGCCGUCCUCGCCUCACAGGCGAAUAUCACCACCAAGGAAAGAAGAGUAUGUACGCGGAAGAAAUUCACCACUUUCUCAUUCCGCAGCGGAAAGACGUAUGCGCCAUCCGUCACCCGGCCGGGAUCGCGACGAAGCGCAACGAAUUCCCCAACACGUGAGACACGAAUCACCCAGAAGGCAAGCUAUGAGGUACUCACCAACGCGUCAUCACGCCGACAAAUUGAUGCUGAUGGAGUAUCAAGACAGUCGACCAAGUAUCAAAACUGUUCGCCCCGCCUACGAGCCGCCGGCGCAGGCGUCAAACGAAGCUAAGUACACAGGUGGUUAUCGUCCCAACGUUCGCGAGGACUCUCAUUAUCCUGUAAGGCAGGAACGUUGGCAAGAAAAGGAAUUUGGUCUCAAGGACGACGAAGAUAGAAGAGACACAUCUAGACUUCAGACGUUUGACAUUCCGAGGGUUUCUGAGCAAGAGCCGAAGAGAUCUAUGUCACGUAAUCGUUUGUCGCGAUCACCUAGACGUGAUCGUUCGCCAGUUAAAGAUCGGAUGCGACGGCACUCACCUUCGCCGCGAUCACCUCGUCGCUCCUGGGCUUUGGAAAAGCGUCACAGCCCUGACAUUCGUGAACCACCCCCACCCCCUGUAUGGCCUGGACAAGACACCAAAAACUCGGAUUAUCAGCAACAUCCAAGCCGAUCCAACUUCUCGGGAAGAGAUCACGCUAAAAUAUCGGCGGACUGGCAGCAGUCGCAGGACAAAAAACGUGAUGAACUCAUCCGUCAAAGGAAUGCUGAUCGCGAACAUUACGAGGAGGAGAUGCGACGUCGUCAAAUUACUACAAAAUGGAAACCAGUACCGCAGAUGAGUCCCAAAGGGAUGUCACGAUACGUGGAAGACGACCGCGCACACAGGGAGGACAAGUUCGUUAGAAAAGGCUUUGAAGAGCGACGUGACUAUCGCGAGGAAGACGAUGAGCCUUCAGAUCGAAAACACAGAGAACCACGAGAUGAUCGAGAUGAUACACGCCACAAUCAAGAUUUUAAAAUGAAAGACGACGUUCAACGCAACAAAGAAAAAUACGCUGGCAACAAAGAAAAGUUUAUUGAGAAUAAAAAGAAGGAGAUCUUGAAAAAGCAGGAACAAUUGCAGAAAGAGAUUGACGAAGUGUACCAGAGAGCAGUGGACUUUACUAAAAAAGCUGAGCUGUAUAGAAAGACUGAAUUAAAGAAAGAUUCAAGCCACGAUACUAUUCGCCGUCGUAACGAAGAUUCGAGCCCUGAGACCACUCGUCGCCGUAACGAAGAUUCGAGUGAUUCUGACGGUACUAACGGUACGGUACGGUAUAAGGAAUAUUCUCGUAAAGAUAACAAAGAUUAUCCUAAGGACGCCAAGCAACCCCGUCACGGGUCCAUUGAAAACAAAGACAGAAUGUCUUCUCCAGCGAAGUCCAAAAGAAACACGGCAAGCGAACAGAUCGCAGACAAAAUAAUUACGAAAUUUGGAAACUAUUUGCCGAUUGAGUUGAGAACGCGUGUCGUGUUUGAAAUACAGAGGUCCAUUACAAAGAUUUUAAUGAAGAUGUUCGGCAACGAAGACGUUUCUUUUAUAGAAUUGGUAAUUAAAUUUAACUCUAAGCACAAAAUGGAGGAUGAAGAGGCCAUUUUCGAUGCUGUAAUGAGUAGUUUUCCUGCGCAAUUCAGACGUCCGAAACGGCUCGCUCAAGAUAAUUGCGAAGUUCCAGCUAAAUUCUCCAAGCUGGUUGAGGAUCCAAACUUGAAUGCAGGUGGACAACUUAGUGCAACGAAUCAAAAGAAACUUCCGAGUCGGCAAAGGCAGGCGAAGAAACCAGCGGUAAAGCCGCCAAAGAAGAGACCGUUCAAUUCCAAUCGAAGCUCUGUAACUGCAGCCAAAAGGCAAAAAAUUCUGCAAUCGGAGCUCACUCAAGCACCAGUAGUGGAACAACCUGUUAAGCGAGUGGAACUGGAUGAGAGGACCACUCAGAUCCUCGAGGAAGAACUGCAGGCAAUCAUGAUGAAGGUGUGGCAAUCCCUGCCGGACACUCCAUCCCUGCCGGCCGAGCGUUACGUUGCAGAGCGGCUGAGGAACGAGGCUAGCGACGACAUUCGAAACGUUCUAGGUCUCAAUGUAACAAAACGAUUGCUGAAUGUUUACAACCCGCUAUUUUUAAGGGUACAAUUCUCCGGUGACCCUGACCCCGUUCACCUUAAGCAGUUCUUAAAGACCUACAACAUACAGGAGUUCAGGCAACACAUGCAACAUAGCAACCUUUUCGUCGCGAGGGUGAGCGACAUAGCGGACUUCGACAGGCUGUGCGUUUUGAGCAACGCCAGAUGUGGUGAGACAACAGUAAGCAUAAAGCCGAGUUACAGAUUUUCACAGUGUCCGACAAAACUUAACACUGUGUUUAUCAAAAAAAAUAAAACUGUAUCGACGUCUAAAGAGUAUCACAACACUGCAGACGUCGAAGGUACAGAUGGUAUGAACUCUGAAGCUCCUUCAAUAGAUAAAGAAGCAAAACAAGCAACAAGAAAUUUUGAAUCAAAACAAAGAACUAACGAGACUAAAAUAGAUCAACCUCAUAAGACAAAUGUUGAAAAGAAAUAUGAAUCAGAUAAAAUUAAGACGCCAGCACAAAAUAACGUUGAACAAAGUAGUACACAUUUUAAAGCUGAUAGUGUAACGAUAACUAAACUUACACCUAAUAAAGUCCCUGAACCCAAACUAAAUGCAGUUGAAAAAGUAGUGAAAACUGAUGUCGGAAAAGACGCUCCGCAAAGCUAUGUUACUAAACCAUGUCGGAGUCCCCAAGCUGCAAUGAAACAAAAUACCACACCAGCUAAUAAGACCAAUUUUAAACAAGAUUUUGUAGCUCCAAAAACAUUUAUUGAAUCAACACCAAAAUCAACUGAAUGCCCUACUUCAACAACCAAUCCUAAGCCUAAACCUAAUCAGGUUAAUCAAGAUGUUUUAGCGACUAAAAAAGUAACUGAACCAAUCCCGAAAUCUACUGAAAAACCUGUUGCAAGCAUUAACAUUAAACCCAAACCAAAUCAGGCUAGCCAAGAAGUUGUAGUACCUAAAAAAAGUACCGUAACAACACCAAAAACGAAUGAAAAACCUAUUUCUUUAGUCAAUAUCAAACCAAAACCAAAUCUGAGGAGCCAAGAAGUUCUAACAACUAAAAAAGUUAUCCAACCAGCACCAAAAUCUACUGAAAAACUUAAUGCAGCAAUCAACAAUAAACCCAAACCUAAUAAGAGUAACCAAAAAUUUGUGGCAUCUAAAAAACAAGACCAAACUUCAAAACCGAAGCAGGUUUACCAUGAAUUUGUGGCACCCAAAAAAGUCACUGAAGCUUCUCCAAAAUUUACUAUAAGUGAUGUUGAUUCGAUUAGUUCUGAGCAUUUCGAUGACACUGACGAAAUGAACGACGAAGAGAUACUUGCUUUAAUAUCUACUGGCGUGGUUGUCGAUGAAUGCAGCGCAUCCGAAGAAGAAUGACGGCUUAGAAAGUAACGUGCUUUACAAAAUAUAUGAUUAUAUAUUUUAAACUGACUGCAUGUUUCUGGCCCUCGGCCAAAAAUAUACUAGAGGUGCUUUCGUCUCGUCAAAAAGUGUCAAUAAAUCGUGAUAGGAGCCUUUAGAUUCAUAUGAAAAUACGGAAAAAUUACGGAAUACUUAAUUUUAAGUAGCGGCAUACACAUUAUAAGUCUACAAUAGGCAUGAUUACAGUAAAAGAAUCGCUUAAUUAUAGUAUUUGUCUAAUGAUUCUUAUUAUUUUCAAUAAAUAAAACUGCAAAAUCUAGCGAUCCGCCAUGACAGGUGAAACUCCGAAUGACGUCACGUCUAUAUAAACAUAAUUUUGUACUGCUUGGACUUUGAAUGUUCCUGCACUUGUUAUUAUUUUGCAUAUAACAAUUAUUUUGUGAUAUCAAUACCAAAAUCAAUAAUCUUUAGCCAUGGAACAAGCACUGUUGCAGCUAGCUCUAAUUUGCCUAUGACGUCACGUGUGCGGCCACGACACCCGAUGAGCGUUUUCGCGAGAAAUAUGUUUUUUAUACAUAACUCGCAAUUUAUAUCAACGAAACCUUUAUUUUCUGCAAAAAAGAAAGACAUAUUUUGGAUAUAUUAGAUGGUUUAUAACAUCAAAGCGCAGGCAUUUUCGAAAUUAGUCAUCAUGUCUAUACUUCGUGUAUGUAAUUUAUAAACUCUGAACUACAUAGUUCAUUGUAAGUAAAUACUAAAAAUAUUGUUCUAACCUAAAUCUUAAAGUCUUACGUCGUUAUUAAUAAGGUCCAUAAAUUACAUGAGCUGUU